CCAUCCUCAGUUCCGCGCACCAGUGCAGUGAAGCCUGCUCCCCCAGACCCCCACUCCCCGUUUGGCCGCGGAGCCCGGCGGCGACUCGGAUUCCAUCGGAUCCUUCCUCGGCUGGCGUCCAGCGCGCGACGGAACCGGCCGGCCAAUGGCAGCUGCGCGGCGGCCGGCGGCGGGGGCGAAGGCGAGGGGCGGCGGCGGAGGCGCGGGGAGGAGGAGCGCGUGGCUGGCCGCGGACGGGAGCAAACGCUGGGGGGAGGCCUUCUUCCUGCUCUACACGCCCUUCUGGCUCACGCUCUGCCUCGGCGUCAUCGUCCCCUUCAAGCUCUACGAGAGGUUCACGGAGCUGGAGUACCUGAUUCUCGGAUUGGUGUCCACCGUGCCGGCGUUCCUCAUCCCCCUCUUCCUCGUAGGGAAGGCAGAUAGUGUGAGAAGUUUGAAAGAUCGAUACUGGGUCAAGGCUAAUAUCUGGAUUAUAAUUUUUAGCUAUGUUGGUAACUACUUCUGGACACAUUACUUCUUCACGGUUCUUGGUGCUUCGUAUACUUUUCCCUCAUGGCGGAUGAAUAAUGUGCCCCACACGACGUUUCUCCUGACUCAUGCUUGUUUCCUGUUCUAUCAUAUGGCAUCAAAUAUGACACUUCGCAGAUUACAUCACUCUACAGCUCACUUACCACAGUCUAUUCGAUGGUUAUUUGAUGCCGCAUGGAUUUUGGCACUUUCAUACUUCAUCGCAUACUUGGAGACCCUAGCCAUUGCAAAUUUCCCGUAUUAUGAAUUUGUUGAUCGGGAUAUAAUGUACAAAGUAGGUUCAUUGUUCUACGCAAUAUAUUUCAUUGUCAGCUUCCCAAUGUUUUCAAGGAUCGACGAGAAAGAUGAGAAGUGGAACCUGUCCAGGGUAGCUGUUGACUCUUUGGGCGCAGCCAUGCUCGUUACGAUAAUACUGGACCUCUGGCGCAUAUUUCUGGGGCCAAUAGUACCCAUCCCCGAGUCCAGGCGGUGCGGUCAGCCGGGGCUCGCGUGGUUCCAUGCACAGAACUAAAGCAUCUGACCCGGCGAAGCUGCAAUGAUCCUGUGUUUCCACGAGCAUUAUUGGAGACUGAUAAAAUCCUCCUCUCCCGUCGGCUGAGGCUGCACCAGAGGCAUGAUGUGAAGUGCAGAGCGGCUUUGUCAUCGUGAAUAUUUGCGUGUUGUCGUCUUGUAAUGUUAUGUAUCAGGUCCAUGCCAUAUUGGUACUGGUACUCUGCUGAAUUCUGCUUGGUCUUUGCUAGGAUGCGUCAGCCACAGGUGAAGCUAGUAGUGAAUAAAGCUUCGCACAGAGCAGUAAUUUGCAUGUCUGUGGUCUAUCUGUACGAUGUAGCUUCGCCUUCCCGUGGUCCGCAACAUUGUUGUAGAAAGGAGAGUGAUUUUUUUUUUUGGGUUUUGUUCUGCAUUUCA